AUGACGGAUGUAGUAGAAGCUCGAAGAUGUUUUGGAUGUCGUGUUAUUUUCGAGACAGAUGACGAAUUUUGGCAUCAUAUAUUAAAUGUGGAUUGUAGUAGCUCGAUAAGCUCACCGAGUUUGGGGAAAGAUGUAUCCUUACCUUGUUCAAGCCAAGACGAUAAUAGACCAUUGAAAAGUACACCGUCAGAUGAGUUAUGUUUUUGUAGUUUGUGUGACAAGUGGUUUGUAUCAAAGGCACAGUUCCAUGAACAUUUUUCUUCUGCAGAACAUGAGCAGAAAUCCAAGUUGGCUGCCAAAGUUCGUUUUAGUUCCGAUGUCAAUACAGGUAGCGAGAAUGUACAGUCACACUUGUUUUGCGAUACUUGUCAAAUAAGUUUGUCGUCUGCUCAGGCCAAAGAGGCUCAUCUCGCUGGUAAGAAGCAUAAUAAGAUGUGUAAUCGUCAAUCGAGCUCCGUAAACACACAAGGGGAUUCGCAUGUUACUCUCAAAAAGGGGCACACAAACAAUCAAGAAGUUUUAGAAAGGUUAGUGGGUGAUUACGGUCAGUUAUCGUCAACGAGUUCUGACAACUCUCAUUCAUCUGAUAAAAAUACCAGUCAUGUCGUUCCUCAGUUUCGUACUGACGACGAGAACGAUAUUAUACGUUUACUGCGUCGACUCUGUUUGACCCAAAUACUAUCACUUUUAUUGAGUGUAAGUGAGGAUUCAUCGGUACACGUAGAAGGCAGUUGUAACAAGGUACAGUCGAAAUAUUCUUUGAAAGAGAAAGAUCUACUUGAAUUGACGAGAACAGUAUGUAAAGAAGAAUUACGCGCUAUACUCCCACAGUCUUUACAACACAUCAUUUCUCAGACAAAAAACGCAGGUGACUAA